AUGCUACUUCACGAAGGAACGUAUAUAAAAACAGAACUUUUGGAAGCAAUUGGAAGUUCAAAAAUUGCGAUCAUCAUCUUCUCUGAGGAAUAUGGUGGAUCUAAAUGGUGUUUGGAGGAAUUGUCAAUGAUCAUAGAGCUUUAUGAAACAAAUAAUAGGACAGUUCUACCUGUGUUUUACCAUGUUAGUCCAACACAAAUUCGUCAUCAAACUUCUAGUUUUGGAGGAGCAUUUAAUGAUCUUGUACAAAAGAAUUCACCAUCAAAAUAUCAAGUUUCGGAGUGGAGGAAAGCCCUUACUAAUGUUGGGAAUCUUAAAGGGACGGUUGUACAUAGUUUUAGGGACGAGAGUGAUUAUAUUGAAGACAUUGUUAGGCAAGUUUGUGAUAUAUUAGACAAGAAAGACUUAUUUGUGGCUGAGCACCCAGUAGGAUUAGAUAAUCGUGUACGUGAAGUGAUCGCAAUGCUCCAAAACCAUUCAUCUGAAGAUACUGUCAUGGUUGGGAUAUGGGGAAUGGCGGGUGCCGGCAAAACAACUAUUGCCAAAGCCAUCUAUAAUGAAAUUGGUCGCAAUUUUGAGAGUAGAAGUUACCUCCCAAAUAUCAGAAAAGUUUGGCGUCAAAAAAAUGGUAAAGAGCACUUGCAAAACAAACUUCUUUCUGAAAUAUGCAAGCCAACAAAAAUGAAGAUAAACAGCAUCGAAUCAGGAAUGAUCACUUUGAAGGAUAGACUUAGACAUAAAAAGGCGCUGGUUGUGCUUGAUAAUGUGGAUAAGCUGGCCCAACUAAAAGCUCUAGCUGGAAGUGGUGACUGGUUUAAACCAGGAAGUAUAAUAAUCAUCACAACUAGAAAUCAAAGUUUACUCCCUAAAAAGGAUUGUUGCGUUUAUAUGAUGAAGAAUUUGGAUAAAGGGGAAUCUGUUGAGCUGUUUAACUGGCAUGCAUUUAAACAAGAAAGUCCCAAGGAUGAUUUCAUUCACCUUUCAAGAGAUAUAGUUGUAUACUGUGGGGGACUUCCAUUCGCUCUUGAGCAAGAUACACAAGAAGCUAAAAAUAAUCUAUGA